GGAGAGCAUCGGUUCAGUCAAUCGUAACAUGUGGUUGAGUUAGGCAUAAUAUACCUGUUACCGUUCCUGUUCAUAAAUUUUCGUGAUUUUCAUUUGCAAGAUUUAUCUUUCCGCUGUAUCAUACGUGCUAAGUAUAUAGACUAAAACAAAAACUUGGCCGUUUUAUAUUUCAUUCGAUUUUUCGGAUCGUUUAGAUAAUUUAUGUUCGACUUUCAAACGUGCAAUUUUUUGUGUCUUUCAUUAAAAUAAAUCAAUUAUCAGAGAAUAUAUUUUCGUUCAGACGAUGCUGUCUGCCUGUAAAACGUGUUGUGGAAGAAUACCGCAACGAUGGGUAUUCGCAAUAAUGGGAUUUUUGGCGCUGUUCAAUGCUUACGCGAUGAGAGUCUGCUUAUCAAUCACGAUUACCGAGAUGGUAGUCCCAAUGCAUAAAAAUGUGACACACGUCGUUGAAAACACUUGCCCGAUUACGGAUGACGAUCGCCAGGAGGGUGAAGAUAUGAGUCCAUCGAACGCGAAGAAGUAUGAGUGGAGCGAGACGAUGCAGGGUAUUAUCUUGUCGUCGUUUUACAUAGGCUACGUGGUAACACAUUUACCCGGCGGGAUGUUGUCGGAAAAAUUCGGUGGAAAAUAUUCCCUUGGUUUGGGCAUAUUGGCGACCGCGGUUUUCACGCUGAUUACACCAUUGGUCGUGGAAUACGGAGAAGCAGUAGGUUUAAUUGUCACGCGUGUAUUAAUGGGCCUCUGCGAAGGGACAACGUUUCCAGCGUUGAACGCAAUGCUCGCACAAUGGACACCACCGGAGGAAAGAUCGAAAAUCGGUUCAUUGGUAUUCGCCGGUGCGCAACUUGGCACGGUGGUUGCCAACUCUUUGUCCGGUGUUAUUCUUCACUAUUCGACAAUGGGAUGGCCGGCUGUGUUCUAUGUAUUUGGUGCUAUCGGGAUUCUUUGGUUUUUGAUAUGGCUGGUAACGUGUUACAACAAUCCAGACACACAUCCAUUUAUAUCUGAAAGAGAACGAAAGUUUCUGCACGAAAGAAUGGACGCUCACACGCAUAAGAAACCACCUUCGGUGCCAUGGAGACACAUUCUUAAAUCUGUACCGCUUUGGGCGUUAGUAGCGGCGCAAGUUGGUCAUGAUUGGGGUUUCUUCACCUUGCUCACCGAUCUUCCGAAAUAUAUGAGCAGCGUGCUUAAGUAUUCGAUCAAAAGCAACGGAUUCCUUUCUUCUUUGCCCUAUUUAACCAUGUGGAUUUGUAGUCUGGUGACAUCCUUUUUAGCCGAUUGGAUGAUCACGAGUGGUAUAAUGUCGCGUACUAACGUACGCAAAUUGGGUACCACCAUUGCUUCGCUCGGGCCAGGAGCCUUUAUUAUAGGCGCAUCUUAUGCCAAAUGUGAUAGAACAACUGUUAUCAUCAUGUUUACCGUUGGCACGACAUUAAUGGGAACAUUUUAUCCAGGAAUGAAAGUGAAUGCCUUAGAUCUAAGUCCAAACUAUUCUGGUACCUUAAUGGCUCUGGUGAAUGGAAUAGGCGCUUUUACCGGUAUUUUGACACCGUAUAUCGUUAGCGAAUUGACUCCGGAUCAAACACUUUCUCAAUGGAGACUCGUAUUUUGGAUUGUUUUUAUUGUUUUCGUCGUGACCAAUCUGAUAUUUAUAUUGUGUGCAAGUGGAGAAGUCGAGUAUUGGAAUGAUCCUGAAUUUGUUAGAAGAGACAGGGAAGAGAGGCGGUUGAAGAUUGCAAAUAAAAAAGCAGAAAAAAAUGAUAAACCUAAAAUAUCACCUUAAUAUGGUUAUAAGUUGAGUAUGAUAAAUUUUUCAUAAUUUCGCGUGACAAUCACGUGCUUUGAUUCUUUUUAAUUUGGACAGAAUAUACAUGAAAUACAUAUUAAAUAUGUAAGUUUUGUGCAUUACACAAGUGAUCCGUUAAACUUCAAACGUAAGAAAUAUGUCCGCGUUGAUAUUCAUGACUAUCUUAUUAUACUCGCUAGAUUUUAUGUUAAUAUAGAAAAAUUAUUCCAUUUACUGGAAUUUUUAUGGAAUGCAUAUUAGAGCCCUCAGUACAACAUAAUCCGUUUCUUUUUAUAAAUUGACAUUUUUUAUUAAUUUCUUUUAUCACUCUUUAUAAAUAUUGAGUAUGACAGUUAUGCAAUGUUGAGUAUGAUAUAAUAAUUUCUGCAUAUUUUUGAAUUGAAGAGAAACAAAACAAAAUAUGGUAUGCGAACGAAUUGAGUGGCUCCAAUAUUGCUUUAAAUUUUUUAGUAGUUGAUAUUUUUUCUGUUUUUUUUUUUCUUCCAUUUAGUCUAAGUUCGAAACGAAUGAUAAAUCGAACAACUGUGUAGAUACAUUUAUAUCAGACAUGUUUAACACACGUUAAUGAGCGAGAAUGAAAAACAUUCAGUUAUUACGUUACAUCGACGUGUUCUCGCGACUAACGAGAUUCAGUGUACCUGAAAAAUAUUGUAACUACGCGUGUUAAAAUAGGUGCAAAUAUCGCUAAUGAUUGUUUUUGAAACAGAUAAGAAAAUGAAAAAUUAUACAUAUAAACGUUUAAAAUAAAACACGUGCGUAUACAUUUAUAUAUAUAA